UCACCUGUAGCAGUGACUCCCGGGUCCGCCCCCUCUCUGUGACGUAGCGCCCGCAGCCUCGCUGUGACAGACAGGUAAGCUGAGCUGCGGCGCCAUAUUGAGAGUAGCGGAAGCAGUGAGCGAGGAAACGCCAGACAGGAGAGAAAGUCGACGGGGCGAUUUCAGAACUUGUAUUCGCUUUGGAUAGUUUCCCCCUUCCGAUUCAGCGGGGGCGCCUCCCAGCAUAAAUACGUUUUUCUCCCAGAAUAAGAGUACACUUGCGUUUUGUACAUCAUUUUAUCCUCUUGCAAAGAUGCCAUUGGCGCAACUACUUGCCGACCCGUGGCAGAAGAUGGCUGUGGAGGAUUUGGAGAGUGAGAAUGGGCAUCAAAUUGUGGACGACUCGAUGGGAGAGGAUGAAGCCCAAACCACCAGUAGACGUCAUGCUCAGGACAUUGGAAGCAUGGAAGAGUUUGUAGUGGAUGAAGGGAACAUGAAAGAAAUUACAAUCACGCACCACGUGAAAGAGGGCCACGAGAAAGGGGAUCCACGGCAGUUUGAGUUGCGCAAGGUCCUGGGUCAGGGCUCCUUUGGGAAGGUGUUUCUGGUGAGAAAGGUUACAGGACCAGAUGCGGGGCAGCUGUAUGCAAUGAAGGUGCUUAAAAAGGCUACUCUAAAAGUUCGAGAUCGUGUUCGGACAAAAAUGGAGCGUGAUAUACUGGUGGAAGUGAAUCAUCCUUUCAUUGUAAAACUACACUAUGCUUUUCAGACUGAAGGAAAGCUCUAUCUCAUCCUGGACUUCCUCAGAGGGGGAGACUUGUUUACGCGAUUAUCCAAAGAGGUCAUGUUCACUGAGGAAGACGUCAAAUACUACCUUGCUGAGCUGGCACUAGCGUUAGAUCAUCUGCACAGCCUUGGAAUUAUCUACAGAGAUCUCAAACCAGAAAAUAUACUGCUUGAUGAAGAAGGACAUAUAAAAUUAACAGACUUUGGGUUGAGUAAAGAGUCUAUUGACCACGAGAAGAAGGCCUAUUCGUUCUGCGGCACUGUGGAGUACAUGGCUCCAGAAGUGGUGAACCGGCGAGGACACUCUCAGAGCGCAGACUGGUGGUCCUUCGGAGUCCUCAUGUUUGAGAUGCUCACGGGUACAUUGCCAUUCCAAGGGAAAGACAGAAAGGAGACCAUGACUAUGAUUCUCAAGGCGAAGCUUGGCAUGCCACAGUUUUUGAGUUCAGAGGCACAGAGUCUGCUCCGAAUGCUCUUCAAGCGAAACCCUGCAAACAGGCUAGGCGCUGGGACGGAUGGAGUGGAAGAAAUUAAGAGACAUCAAUUCUUCUCCACUAUAGACUGGAAUAAAUUGUUCAGAAGAGAACUUCAUCCCCCUUUUAAGCCGGCUACAAGCAGACCAGACGACACAUUUUAUUUUGAUCCAGAAUUCACAGCAAAAACCCCAAAAGAUUCCCCGGGUAUUCCCCCCAGUGCUAAUGCGCACCAGUUGUUUCGUGGGUUCAGUUUUGUUGCCAUUACCUCAGAGGAAGAAAACCAACCAAUGCAGACCACAAACGUGAACUCCAUUGCACAGCAGCUGCAAAGAAACAACAUGCAGUUCACGGACGGGUACGAUGUGAAGGAAGACAUUGGCGUGGGCUCCUACUCCAUCUGCAAGCGCUGUGUCAACAAGACUUCCAACAUGGAAUAUGCAGUGAAGAUCAUUAAUAAGAGCAAGAGGGACCCUUCAGAGGAGAUCGAGAUCUUGCUGCGAUACGGACAGCAUCCCAAUAUCAUCACUCUCAAGGACGUUUAUGAUGACGGGAAGGUUGUGUACCUGGUGACGGAGCUCAUGAAAGGAGGGGAACUUCUAGACAAGAUUCUCAGGCAGAAGUUCUUUUCUGAGAGAGAAGCCAGCGCUGUCCUGUACACCAUUUCAAAAACCGUGGAGUACCUUCAUAUACAGGGGGUAGUGCACAGAGACCUGAAGCCCAGCAACAUUCUUUACAUGGAUGAAUCGGGGAAUCCAGAAUCCAUUCGAAUUUGUGACUUCGGCUUUGCAAAGCAGCUGCGGGCGGAGAACGGUCUGCUAAUGACUCCCUGCUAUACAGCCAACUUUGUGGCUCCAGAGGUUUUAAAGAAACAAGGAUAUGAUGCUGCGUGCGACAUCUGGAGCCUGGGUGUGCUGCUCUACACGAUGAUCACAGGAUUCACCCCGUUUGCUAAUGGCCCUGAAGAUACCCCAGAAGAGAUUCUGGCUCGAAUAGGCAGUGGCAAGUUUUCUCUCACCGGAGGCUAUUGGAACUCUGUGUCCAACGAGGCAAAGGAUCUGGUAUCCAGGAUGCUUCACGUUGACCCUCACCAGAGACUGACAGCAGCGCAGGUUCUGCGUCACCCCUGGAUAGUGCACAGGGACCGGCUGCCUCAGUACCAGCUCAACAGGCAAGACGCGCCGCACUUGGUAAAGGGUGCCAUGGCUGCUACGUACUCUGCUCUGAACCGCAACCCCAUGUCCCCGAUGCUUGAGUCAGUGGGCUGCUCUACCCUGGCCCAGCGGAGAGGGAUGAAGAAGCUCACCUCCACCGCCCUGUGAAAACACUGCCGCCUCCCAGGAUGGCAAGAGCGAAUCUCGGGGAGCGAGAGCCGUCAGCCUGUCCUGGCUGGGACAACUGCAACCCCGCUGCUGCUGCUGUUGCUGCUGCUGGGCUCUAUGAUAUGAAACAAAAAAGGAGUUGCUUGAAGUUUCCAAAGCACGGAGUAUGUGUGGAAGGAAUUGACUCUUAUCACAAAGAAAGGUUCACUCUCGCUGUCUCGGAUUUCAUUUAGCUUGUACAAUCAUUGUAAAGCAUCGUGCCUCGCCGAGGGGGGGGGGAUGCACUGUAUAGUCUUGCAAAAGUUUUUAAAAAUUUUUACAAUGCACACUCAGAAAUAUAUACAUACAAUGUAUAUACAUAUACGGAUAUAUAUAUGUAUUUAUUAAACCUUUUUAUUUAGAGCUUAAAUUUGGUGUUGCUUUGCUUUAAUAUACGAGUUGUAGUGGAAAAAUAUCACGUGGAGGGCAUUAUUAUCCACUGUAGGUCUUCUCCAAAGGGCUCAUGGUUUUCCACUCCUACUGUGUACAGCGUCCCAGCUUUCUUAUGAACUGUUUUCAAGCUGUUGAGUUUCAGAUUCAAACUCUGUGUUCUCAUCAGAAUUUAGUAAUGUUUGUAAUAUCCGUUUUAGUUUUUUUUUAGUUUUUUUUUUCUGAAUUUACCCACAGUUCAGUCAUUCUGUGUUUUUGUAUUGUUGUUGUUGUUAUUGUAUUAUUAUUUAGGGCUGUCAGAGCUGCAGAUCAGAUUCGUAGCUCUAGAUCAGGGGAUAUAUGAUGAUGAUGAGUCUGUUUGUCCACAGUUUGGGUCAGAACGGUUAACUUGAGUAACACUGUAUUGUUCUGUUAAAUAGCUUGUAAUAAUAUAACUGGUCUACAUUUAUAGAUGAACAAUAAGUGUGUUUAGACCCUUAUAAAGUUUCCCAGAGUAAAAGCAUUGCAGAGUGUGAUAAAGCACAGUGAAAGUAUAGUAAUGCAUAGGUAAACAUUGUAAAGCCCAGAACAGUAUGGUAAACCAUAUAAAAAAAGAAACAUGGCAAACUCUGGUAAGUGCAAAGAGUAACCAUGGGAAAAGCAUGGGAACACUGCAAUAUGACCGUGCAAGUUUACUGUGGUAACCUUUUAUAAAGGGAAAUCUAAACUUUUGUGAACAAGUGUGGAUGAAGAGACUCCAGGUUAGAUAUAUAAAUGAUAGAUCCUGUUACUGUUGUGUUUCUUUGGGAUUUUUUUGUGCCAUUGAUCCAUUUUCAAUAUGGAGUUUCGGAGUUGUGUUUUUAUGCAGUAGCCUGUUUUGCGCUGUUCCAUCCUCCAUUUAUUCAUUGUGUUUCAUAGCAGCGCAUUCUCUCAUUUAAGUGAAACAUUAAAUACAGCUUUUGAAAUGUGCCUGUUGAAAUGUCCAUUGAAUGUAUUAUAAGCAACAAAAAAAUGUAUAUAAAUUCACACUGUGGGGUGAUGGGUGGUGGUCUUAAGCAUGCCAUUGUUCUAGUAUUAAACAGAAAGCAGCAUACUGAACUGCACGGGACAAGUAUUCAAAUGGAAGACAAUGAUCAUGCACAAGGGGAAUAGGGAAUUCCUAGCCUGAUGCUCAGUCAUCUCGCUACUUUUUCUCUGUUCUGGUAAAGUUUUGUAAAAGCUUUCAUUUUUGUGGUAUUUGCAUAAUGAUGAAUGGGGUCAGAUUGCAGUAAUAAUUAAAUAAAUAAAUAAAAAAGAACAGUGUACAUUUAUUUAGCUUUAUCCUGUAGUUGAUGAUUAUUACAUUAUAGUGAUGUCAUUAUUAAAAAAGAAAAAAAAAAAGUGGUCAAUCAGAUUUUUAACAAAAGCACAUUUGAAUAUUUUGAUACACUUGUAUAGA